AUGGAUAAUUUUUCCGCCGAUCAGUAUGAUCGUUACGAGGCGUACAGGCGCAAUGCUUUACCGAAGCAAGCAGUCCGAAGGGUCGUCCAGCAAUCCCUUGGCCAGCAGGUGUCUGCGCCCGUAGCUCAGAUUGUAGCGGGUUUCGGAAAGGUCUUUGUCGGUGAAAUUAUUGAGAAAGCACGAAAGGUGCAGCAGAAGCGAGGCGAAACUGGCCCUUUGUCGCCUGACCACUUACGUGAGGCGUACCGUCAAUAUCAACAGGAGGCAGGCCGGGUGGGUGCAGCAAGGCCGCUGCGAGGAAAGAAGCUCUUUGUUCGAUGA